AUGGCUCCAUUUACACAUCCUGCCACGACCCCUGCGAUCCGGCUUCUUAGGUCCACGUCCACUGGCCACACCCCGAAUUGCGUCAAUAUCCGACUGUUCAGCUGCAAUGGCAGGACCAACGCGCUGCGCCGGUUACACAAUCUGCCUGGAACGAGCAAUUGCUCGCGAUUCUCUGCGGCAUAUUCGACGUGGGCGACUUCAUCCGAGGGAUCAGGACAUCUCCGGUCUAAGCGCCCGAAACUACACCCAGGCCGAAUAUCCCCGUCGUUCGCCGAGAUAGAAUCGCGACGAGAAUUCCACACAUACUUCGUAACACAUCUCCCUUCCUCGUCGGUUCAUCCCGACUCUCGCAUCCGAGGGCCUGGUCACAAGCUGCCUCGCGAUGCCUCGACCCCUCACACUCCGAGCCCCGGGUCGGCCCCCGCCGUCUCCCCGCCCUAUAUCCCGUCAACCCGAGACUUGACUGUGGUGCGCAUUCCAAUGCGCCGAGCGAAACAUCACUUGGGAGUUGCGACGGCUCGGGGAAGUCGUCCAUAUAAUGAGGAUAGAGACCAGGCUGGCACCAUCAGCCUUCCAGCCUUUGCCAAGAGGGCGCCUAGGAGCGUCCAGCAGAAGCCCGGAGAAGCAACAGCAGCCGACAGCGCUUGGGGAGACCCUCAGAUCUUCUACUUUGGUGUAUUUGACGGUCAUGGGGGAGUUCAAUGCGCUGAUUUUGUCCGCGACGAACUGCCCGGCUAUAUCGAGAGGGCAUCGGAGGAAUUCGGCUUGCAGAGCAGUUUGCGCAAGAAGAAGCCAGGUCGGGAGAACACCAUUCACAACCACCACCAUGACCAUAAGCAUAAGGCGCGAUUAUCAAAACCACCAGCAACCAAGAAGGAGGCUCUUGAUGCGGUUCACAUGAAAGGACCCGAGGAAGUCAAAAAAGAUGUCAAGAGGACCGAUCCCCAGUAUGAUAGUCUCUCUGACAAGCCCAUACACGGAGAACCAAUGCACAGCGCAACUUCGCCGCCUGCUGAGGUCUCGGAUCUUUCAAAAGCCAUCCGAAUGGAAAAGAAUCUGGUCAAGGAGUACAGGGAUACCAUCGGCGGCUACUUUAGGCGUUUUCACCCGGAGCACUUUGUGCUAUCAAGGGAAAACCCGGGGGAAGGGCACAAGAUCACGAUAGAGUCGGUUCUCACAUAUGCCUUCUUGCGAGCCGAUCUCGACUUUGUGUCAGCUCAGGCGCAAAAGGCAGACCCCGACGAUUCGAGGGUGGGAGACACACCUCUGAACAAUGACGAGGUCUUUGGUAGCCCUGCGAUACCGACUGGACACGACAUUGGGGGCCCUACACGCUUCAAGGGGGGUUCUACAGCCUCGAUCGCUCUCAUCUCUACACCUACUCCUGCUCCUUUCUGGCAUCCUGCUGCGCAGUCUACACUGCUCUGUGCCCACGUCGGCGACAGCCGUAUCUUGCUCUGCGAUACUGCUACCGGCCUCGCUCAGCCCCUGACGUCGGAUCAUCACCCUAGCAGCCCAACAGAAAGUCGUCGGUUGCGACGUUACGCGCCGGCCGGGUCGAUGGUCUCGGGCGAUAGCUUCGGCGAGGAGCGCAUCGCCGGCCUGGCCAACAGCCGCGCCUUCGGUGACAUGAAGAGCAAGCGGAUCGGUGUUUCGGCUGAGCCCGAGCUCACGCGCGUCGAGAUGGGACCGGCUCAGUACUCGUUCCUCGUUCUCAUGACGGACGGUAUCUCGGGCACACUCAGCGACCAGGAGAUCGUCGACGUGGUCAAGGAGGCUCGCACGCCCGAGGAGGGCGCUCGAAACAUUGUUGCGUACGCCACUGAGGUUUCCUCUGAUGGCGACAACGCUACCUGCCAGGUUGUCCGCCUCGGCGGCUGGGAGCGUCGAUCCGAAGGCGGUCUCGGUAGUCUGGGCACCAAGGAGAUUCGCGAUGCGCGCAUUGCAGAGGCUCAAGAUCCACGGAGAGUCAGGAAGUAA